ACACUUAUAAUGUAAACACUUAGUGUCGGUAAAUCUGAUAACGAUUUGAACACCCCUUUUGUAAAAAUCGACAUAUAGAUAUUAGUAAGAAAAACUAUACAAUUGUUUCUUUCCUUAUUAAACGUGUAUUCAUAUUAUUGUUAUUUGAACUAUCCAGCAUCGCUCUUGAUGACUUCCUUCCUGCGUUCAACGACGUCAGAGGGAAACGUUCUCACUUCAUAUUGCUAAUAUGGCAGCGCUAUCGGGUCGAGGCGAUACGGUUCAGUCACUGAAUGCAAGUGGGCGGAGCCAACGAUACAAUGAUGUGCUGUGUCUUUUUCUGGAGCUGAAAAGGGGGAGGCUCCAUACCUGGAGCAUGCAGGCAGUGGCAAUGGCAGUGACCAGAUGUUGGACCUGGGAGCCGCACUUCUUAACAAUUUCAUCUAUGAACGGGUUCUUCGCCAUGGAGACUGCGAUGCUGAGGAUGUUAAACGACACUGCUCUUCAGCCUACUAAAGAUGUCUUUGUUAAAGUGGCCCUUGAGAUUUUCUCUGAUGGGAAGUUCAACUGGGGAAGGGUGGUGGCACUUUUUUACUUUGCAUGUCGGCUUGUCAUCAAGGCCAUUACAACAAAGAUUCCUGACAUUAUCAGAACCAUCAUCAGCUGGACCAUGUCCUACAUUCAGGAACAUGUAAUUAACUGGAUCAGGGAACAGGGUGGAUGGGAGGGAAUUCGCUCUUACUUCGGGACCCCCACAUGGCAGACCAUCGGGGUCUUCCUGGCUGGAGUUCUCACCACUGUGCUGGUGAUCCGCAAAAUGUGAAGUCAUGAACGAAGAGGAAGAUGGAGCGAGUGAGAAAAGACCAGCAAAGGGGAACUAAAAGAUGAGGGGGAAAUGGAAGAGAGCAAAGAAAUGUGAACAGACUAAUAAGAGAGUUGAAAACAGUGUCAACUCCGAGAAAGAGAGAGAGAGAGAGAGAGAGAGAGAGAGAGGUGGAAGAAGUGAGAGUCAAGCAUGAUGCAGAUGUUUUCAAUCACUCUUGAUACUUCUGAGCCUUUGCCCUUUCCAGUCUAUACAUUAAUCUCUGUAAUAUUUGCACUAAAAAUGAGCGAGAGAUUAAUUCGGAAGUUCAGGUUUAGGUAUAAUUUUAGUUAUUUAUUUUUUGACUUUGGGUUAUGGGUGUUUCGGUCAUAUAAGUUACUAGAUACAUUGGAUAUUUGAUUUAAUAUAUUGACAUUUUCAAGGCUGAAAUUACUGUUAUCAUUUCAUAUUCUAUAUUAGUUUAUAAGUCAUAAAGAAUUUAUAUGCAAUGGCGGUCAAAAUUGAUAUGAUAAGGUUUAUAAAUCUGUAACUGUUAAAUCUAAACCUUGUUUUAUCCGAAUGUCAUAUUGUCUGUCUUCUGAAAUAAUAGGAAUGGGCUCAAGGGUGGAUUCUGCUGACGUCUGAAUUUCUCCUUUCUUCAUCAUUUCUCUCUUCUUUCAAGAUCUCGUUCAGUUCAUCACAAUACUAUGAAAUGUUUAAAUCUGGUUUGUGCUUCAUUGAUGAAGGUUAGGCCUCUGAAGCGUACGUGUAGUGUUUGCAACAGAAUUUGAGCAGGGGAAUACAUCGCAGCCAACCAAUCAGCACUGUGUUUGUGAUGUGAGGGAGUGUCCAAGUUAACGUAUGGUAAGCAAUUGCCGUAACAGGGAUGGACAAUAGUGAUGACUUUUAAAUGCAUUACAAUUCUCUGGGCCAUGUUUUUUACAGAACCAAAUCAGUGGCCUGUCUGACUAUCCAGAUAUAUAGGAUAGACACAUUUUAAACUUGAAUGGAUUGCAGUUCGUUUUGCUCGGUCUGGUGCAAACACUUGGUGCAUUUGUAAUACCCAUACAGAUUAUUAUCUGGGACUUGCGAACAGACCAGUUGAGCUCUUCCCCUCAGCAAAGUCUUCUCAGUACUGUAUUUUUAAUGUCGGUUAGUCAAACCCACAGCGCUGUUUGCCCUUUUUUUAUACGUAUCUUUAAUUUUUGGUUGUUUGGAUAAAGUUAUCGCUUUGCUUUUUAUUGAUUCUUUUGUUGAAAGUGCCUUGGCCUUUUAUGAUACUAGCCACCACUUUUUCAUCUUUUUUCUACAUCUUUGUACAUUGGUAUGAAUUGUGCACCCUAAGGAAGUCUAUGUACUGUGAGCCCAUGAGUUUGUUUUGUAAGAUGUAAAAUAAAACAAACAAACUGUUUUUAUGGAUUUCAA